AUGCAGAUCUUCGUUAAAACUCUCACCGGAAACUCCGACACCAUCGACAAUGUUAAGGCCAAGAUCCAGGACAAGGAGGGAAUCCCACCCGAUCAGCAGAGGCUUAUCUUCGCCGGAAAGCAGCUCGAGGACGGUCGUGACUACAACAUCCAGAAGGAGUCGACCCUCCACUUGGUUCUCAGGCUACGUGGUGGUAUGCAGAUCUUCGUCAAAACCUUAACCGGAAAGACAAUCACCCUUGAAGGAGAGGGAAUCCCACCGGACCAGCAGAGGUUGAUCUUCGCCGGCAAGCAGCUUGAAGACGGCAGAACAUUGGCCGACUACAACAUUCAAAAGGAGUCUACACUUCACGUCAAGGCCAAGAUCCAAGACAAGGAAGGCAUCCCUCCAGACCAGCAGCGUCUCAUCUUCGCUGGCAAGCAGCUUGAGGAUGGUCGCACCUUAGCCGACUACAACAUCCAGAAAGAGUCCACUCUUCACUUGGUGUUGCGUCUCCGUGGUGGCUUUUAAGACUCUCGUCUUGUGUCGUAUCAUACAAAACAACAAUGUCUCUUUUUCUUUUAAAAACUUCUCAUGGUUUGUGCGUGUCUGAGGCCUUACAAAGUGCCUUAUAAAUAAUCAAUGAACACUGGUUUGAUUCCUUUAGUUUCUCUUGGAAUUUCUCGAUAUUGGAAUUUAUCCUCAUUGCUAUCGUUUGUAUCUGCAUUUAUAUUAUAAAAGUGCUUUGUUGUUUGAAA